AUGAGUGACAUUUUUAAAGCAAAGGCCCAUAAAAAUUACGGGAAGGAUCGCCUUCCCUAUAGAACACCUGGGACGAUUCAAACCAAAGCGAUUUAUUCAAGGAAAAAUUUCCAGUGAAGAGGCUCAGAGCCAAUAAUGAAAACCUCCAGUCCCAUUAAAACCAAAGUUGACUUCGGCAAGUGAAAGGAUGAUAUUACUGGAGCUACUAGUGCGAGGGUUCCUCAGAAAAAUCAAAAAUCAAAGAACCCAGAACUUAUUAAGUACAGAAGAGCAGAGUGCAAUAAAAAGAGGAAGAAACAGCCAAAACUCAACAAUAUGAAGCAGGUGAUGAUGAGUUCUCCAACUCAUGCUAACGUGAACCUCUGAUCGCCUCAUCCAUCAAGCGCAGGUAGUACAUAUCGAAGCCGAGUGAACAAAAGUCCAGAUUUUAGUGAAGAAAAUCUGUCUCAACCACGAAUGACUAAAGCCUUCCAGUCAACUAAGAAUCCCUUUAAAAAAUUUGAGACUAAGUCCAGAGAAAGUUCUAGAGAGCCAACAAACUCUAACAAAAAUAUUGUGAAAUUUUUCACAAAAGGCAAACAAAUCAUGAACAAAAGAGAAAAACAGAAGCCAAAGCAAGAUCAUAAAAAGAACCAGAAGCAUGUUUUCCUAGACUUAGUCGACUUCUCCUCUCAAGGCUCAAUCCCGAGAAAUAAUGGUAGACAAUCCAGAGAGGAAACACCUAACUUGACAGCUCAAGAGGUGCCUAAGCCUAAUAGAUCCCCACAUAUCAGGCAAAGCUUGGAGCUCAUAAAAGAAUGCCAGACUGUUACUUCCAAUGCCCUCACUGUACAUCUUGACACUAAGAAUAAGGAAGUUAAAGUAAUCGAAGAUAAGCUACAUCCGAAGGUAAAUACAUCUAAAAAUGAGCAUGAUACACAAUCUGUUGAUGACAAGCUUGAAAGAGGAAAUAUCCAUGACCUUGGACAAUCAAAAAGAUUCCAUCAUACUUCACAUAAAAAUAUCCAUGAAGAAAAAGAUCCUGAAAGUAUUGCCUCAGCGAAGAAGCUAAUAGAAGCAGCUCAGAAAGCAAACAGUAGAGCUCCAAUAGAAAUUGGGAGUAACUUCUCUCAACAGCCUGGCAAUCAUUACAACAAAGCUCAAGUUACUCCUAAUGGAAGUUAUUCAAGUUCUGUUCAACAGAAUUUUUCAGGAAAUAUAAAUAAGCAACAAUUUAAUGACCCAAGUCAGGAUUUGAAAUAUUCAACUGGAAACUUCAGUUCAAACUUCAUUUACCAAGAAAAUGCCAGGCCUAUAUCCUCUGCUGAAAAUAGGUACACCAACUUUGCUUCUUACAAUCCACCAGAAAGGAAGAGGAUUGAAUUAAAUGGCCAAAAGUCAGCAUCAAAAGAUAAUAUGAGUUACAGUCUUGGGAAAGACCUUCAAUCAUCUAUUACUUUUGAAGAGAAUAAGAGUAGUGGCCAUAUACCUAAUAUACUCGAAUCAGAGAAACCUAAUAUAGUGAUUUCCCCUCAUUUCAAUCCAGAUGAUCGUCCUAUUAGGGCAAAUGUAGAGAUGCAGCCAAUCUUUAGUGCAGAGCCAAAUUUUGGAAAUCAGAGAGAUAUACCUAAACCUAAGCCUAAAUAAGUCCUCAAAGAGUCAUCUUUCCAAGCAAAGACCUUUACCUAAGCAGAAGAGCCAGAGCUCUCUGCACAAGGCUAAGCAGUCCAAACUAAAGCCAGUGCCUAAAUAAAAAGGACUUUUUAAAAAAGCGCAGUAGAAUAGUCUAUGAUCCUCAGAAGGCGAUUCAAGAAGAGCAAAUCAAAAGUUAUGAAGGAGUCAUAACAAAGACAAAACAUUAUAAGAACAUCAAAUCCCUUACUGACUCUGGUCUUGAAGAUUGAGUCUCUCCUACUACACGUGCUGAUUUUAGAAAGUCCAAAGGAAGCAACUCACAGAUUGUCCAGAUGAACAAACCCUCUGAGAUUUCUAAGGAAAGUCAGAAUUUAUCUAAAUAAAUUGAACAACUCUCAGUACUUAAAACCUUCGAAAAUUCCUAAAGUUGGAAACAGUAAAACUAGAAAGCCAAAGCCGAAUGAGAACACUCAAGAUCAAUACCUCGAUAACAGCAUGAUGGCUCUCACAGAAACUCCAAAAUGCAGAAUAGUUGAAAAACUAGUUAAAGUAAGAAAAAGAACCUUCCAUGACGGUUCUGAAUGUCAAUCAGCAAUGAUUCCAAUGACUGAAUUUGAAAAGAGCAAUGAAGAUUUUCAUAAAUUCAAAAAUCAGCAGAAGAAGAAAUCCAUAACUGACUCAGAAACAGCUCAGCUUGCUAGCAAACUUAGGAUCCAAAACAAGUGCAGAUAUGAGGAGGACAAUCCAUUGGCACUCUCCUCUUCCAAUCGUCAAUCUCUAAUGGUUGAUCCUACAAAGAGUAUCUGUAGCAACCAUACUUUCAGAACGAGUUCUCCUAGGAUGAUGCUACAAGAGAGUCAGAGCUCUAUUGCAUACCAGACUAUCAGAGCCUCUGUACAGUUUGAUGAAGGAUCUAAUAUUUCUGGAAUCCAGAAAUCUAGGAUCUAUAAACGCACAAACAUCACUGAUGAUGAAGUCAAGUACGAAGAUCCUGAAGAUGCUCCCUCAACUAAAUCUUAUAACAAAGAGAUUAAAAAUAAGAGCAAUAAAGCUGUCCGCUCUGAGGUCUCAACUCCGAGUAUCCAAAGCCAACCACAAAAUAAUGCAGAAAGUAAGCCUAAACGGUACAGAAGGAACAGGAAUAUGAGGCAUAAUAAGAAGACUCUAUCUAAUUACAAAGGAAGUGCAAGAGAUAGAUAAAUCAACCCACUCAGUUACAGUAUGCCCUCAAGCCACAAAUUUUGAAUAUAUGCCUGAUUUCAACAAUU